AUGGUUAUCGUUUUGUUCAAUGCUUUAGGUUUUAAUGAUGGAAAUUUAAUCACAGUGUCUCGAAACAGAUUGAAUUUCCAAAUGUCGAAAAAGACGGUAUGUGCUGAUGCUGAUCUUACUGUUUUUAAUUUGAAGACCAUGAUUCGUUUAGCACUUGUGGAGGAUAAAAGACUUGACAAAGCUUUAGGUAUAGAUGAAAGUGGUGAACCACAAUUAAUUGCUGAAGCCGUUGCUGCUGCUAUGUACAAUAGAAAAAUAAUAAAUACUCAGAACAAUCCACGUCGAGCAACAAGUGAACCAUCAACAGAUAAUCCAACAUCACCUCAAGCUGCAAUGCUGAAUACGUUAUCCACGUCAGAUGUAAGUCUUUAG